AUGGGAGCUUCUCAUUCUCAGCCUCACCAUUCCUACAACACAUCUGAUGUCAAAUUGGGUUUCCACGAGCGAAGCCUCUCUGCUGCUGGUGCUGCAGUGCUCUCGGCAGUCCUUGUCAACCCACUAGAUGUUGUCAAGGCAUUUGUUUUAAUCUUUUGAAAUUUUCAAUUUUGUAAAUGAUUUUCUUUUGAUUUUGUGAUAUAUGCCCAUUUGUAUAUUCAAGUUAUUCUUUUCUUUAUAUUGUUAUUUAUCUAUUUUGUAAUGUUUUCUGUGUGUUUGUUGGGGAUUUAUGCUUGGUGUUUUACAUACUGUAGGUUUGCUGGUUGCUCUUUUGUGUUUCUUCUUUUGUCCAUAGAUACAAUGCUGUUGUAUUAUUUGCUAAGUGGUAUUUCUAUUAAUUCAUAGUGUAUGCCUCUGUUUUCUCUAAACAAUUUAGUUUUUAUGAUUUUAAUCUAAUUGUAAUCAAUGGAAAAGUAUAAUGUAUUCUCUGUGUCUUCAUCUUCUAUUGUGUUUCCUUCAUUCCUGUAAUGGAAUAUAGCUGAACUUGUUUUUGUGUUGAUUCUUUGGGCACCAUUUUAAUAAAUUCUUCAUGGUACAAGUAUGAUGGUUUUUUCCUGUUAUCUUUAAAUACUAAGAUGUAUAUUAAAUUUGAUUUUUAACUUGGAUUGAGAUGGUCAUGGCAAGGGAAGACAUCAUGGUAGGUCAUUUUGGGGUUGAGAAUUUUGUUCAUUGUUGCUUUCUCUUUCUGGAGUUCAUGGGUGUUUCCCAAGACUCUAGUGGACAUGCUGGGUGAUUGAUGAGUAAAAGAGUUUGUGAAAGAAUAUAGAAAGAGUGGUCAAUGGUCAUGCUCUAUCUCAUGUGGUGCAUAUGAAAGAACUCAGUCGUUCCAUUGAUGGGGAGGAGAAAUUGACUCUAGCUAGAUUUAUAUUUUGUUGUACAGGUGGGCACUCGAUAGGGGAACCCCUCCUGGGGCAGUUUUUUAGAUUUUACUGGAAAUUUUAGUUCUCUGUCUUUUGCUUGAGCUUCUGGAUACCCAUGUGUACUUGGUUUGCGACCUAAGUAGCAAAGACAGAUACGGCAAAUCCUAAAAAAAGUAGAACAAGGACACAGUGUUGACAUGGCUAUUUAUAAAUACGAGGUUGCAAGCACAAGCUGCUGGAGUUUCUCACUCACAUCCACUAAGUAACAUUAUAAGUCGCAUGGCGUUUUCUGGACCAAAUAUGAUGUUUGCUGAUCUAAGGUGUUCUCCAUCGUGCACACGAGCUGGGCUUCAAGGUACCGUAGUAAUUUGUCCUCCUGAUUGUUUCCAGUACAGGGGAACACUAGAUGUCUUCUACAAAAUCAUUAGACAGGAAGGAUUUGCGAGGCUAUGGAGAGGCACCAAUGCAGGACUUGCACUGGCUAUACCAACUGUAGGGAUCUAUCUGCCAUGCUAUGACAUUUUCCGCGACAAGUUAGAGGAAUACACAACCCAAAAUGCUCCAGGCUUGACACCCUAUGCCCCUCUAGUGGCAGGCUCAAUGGCACGCUCAUUAGCUUGCACUUCCUGCUACCCUAUUGAACUUGCUAGAACCCGCAUGCAGGCAUUUAAGGAGAUCCAUAGUGGUAAGAAGCCUCCUGGAAUAUGGAAGACUUUGGUUGAGGUCACCUCUCAUGUCAAGAGCACAAACAACCUUCAGAACAUCUUGCAAAACUACCGCGUCCUAUGGACUGGCCUUGGGGCACAGCUUGCUCGUGAUGUACCUUUCUCUGCAAUCUGUUGGUCGACUCUUGAACCUAUCAGGAGAAGACUUCUUAGUCUGGUAGGUGAGGAUUCCAAAGCAGCCAGUGUCCUUGGGGCAAAUUUCUCUGCUGGUUUUGUUGCAGGAAGUCUUGCUGCUGCUGCUACGUGUCCACUAGAUGUUGCAAAAACCCGGAGGCAGAUAGAGAAGGAUCCUGCCAGGGCAUUAAGGAUGACGACAAGGCAAACACUAAUGGAGAUCUGGAGGGACGGCGGGAUGAGGGGACUGUUUACAGGUGUUGGUCCUCGUGUUGGUCGGGCAGGCCCUUCCGUUGGGAUUGUGGUUUCAUUCUAUGAAGUUGUAAAGUAUGUUCUACAUCAUCAAUAUGCAACCUGAUGAAAAGGUUGGUGGGGAGAGCUGCUGUUCCCCCAAAAGUUGAUUCUUUUCUGAAUUUUGUUGCUCAUUCAUAGAAGGCUGGCAGUAUUCGCUGACUUAGCAAAGGAACUUGUUUCAAAGAAAAUUUAGUAGCUUUUAUGUGGAUAUUAUAGCAUGCAGACGAGCAGUUUUGUUCACGGUAGAUGCUCUUCUGAAGGCCUGCCAAUGCAGGAAAUAAUUUUUUUCUCCCAAUUUAGGCUGUUAAGUUAUUACUUCUCAUGUUGAGAAGAAAUUUUGUAACAUUUGGUCUUUUAGUAAGCAAUUUUUUCUGAGUUGAUCUCAGUUAAAGUUA